GUCGUCAGUCAGUCCACGAUCGGUGCCCGUUGAGUUUAAAACGAAUUUAACUCUGGAAACAAAUUUUAUAAAUUUCAUUCCGUAGUAAAAAAAAAAAAAUCAAAAAGAAUUCAUAAUACACUUUGAUUGUGAUUAAAUUAAAGUUUAAAUCUUAAAGCAAUUACCUACAUAAUUUAACUAUACAAAAUUAAAGUACCGCUCUACAUUGAGUGAGCUGUAACUUUUAACCGUGAAAAUAAAAAACCUUAUAGUUUAAAUGAUCCCUCAAAUUGGGUAUGUGACAUUGACCCAACAUAGUCUGAUGUUAGUCAUAGUCAUACCUAGACUAUAAAAAGAUUAAGUUCAAAACGUGUAACACAAGCAUAAGAAAAAAAUGUGCUAUAAUUUAGUGAACGGAGUAAUUGAAUCUUUAGUUAUAAAAUAUGUUCACUUUCUCCUCUUAAGUAGGUGAAGAUCACUGCACUAGAAAGAUCGAGUUUUGGCGCUCGAAAUAAAUCUAAAAAAAAAGUGCAUUUACUUGAAUAUCGAGUUGUGAUGUAAAGUGAUGUAAAUAACUUCAGUUGCAUUUUUCAAAAAAUUAAAAUAAGUUUUAAAAAACAAGUAUAAGAGUGGAAUACGAAAAAUUAAGCAAUAUGAUACGCCAUACCAUCAGCAAUAAUAUCACCAACGAGCUAAUUGCAUAAUAUAAACAACCGGCCAAAAUAGAUACGCAAAACAUCCGCCAGAUACAUUUCGCCCAAAAGAAGUGAUUCAGUCUUGAAAAAAACGUCAAUUGGAUUGGAGUACUUUUGGUGAAUUCAAACAAAAUUACAAAAAUUACAGUUCAUCAAAAUGGAUUCAAAAUUAUGCGUUUUCCUAACUUUGGGGUGCCUACUACUCAUCUUUUGUGUGCAAGUAAAUGGCUAUAAGAUCGGUGUAGGCCGUGGAGACGUCACAGGACCACCAGUCGAAAUUGGAUUCAUGGGCUAUGCAAGUCUUAAGCAACGUGGCCAUGGCAUUCAUACUCGACAAUUCGCUCGAGCAUUUGUCGUUGAAGACGAUAAUAGUCGGCGAGUGGCUUUUGUAUCCGUCGAUGCCGGUAUGAUGGGUUAUGCUGUGAAAAGGGAAGUUCUGAAACGUCUGCACCAAAGAUAUGGAGAUGUUUAUUCGGAAGAGAACGUGGUCAUAAGUGGAACACACACGCACAGUGCCGCUGGAGGAUUCCUAAUGCAUCUUUUGUAUGAUAUUUCGAUUUUGGGAUUUGUUCCACAGACUUUUGAUGCCUUAGCCCAGGGUAUUUAUUUGAGUAUAAAACGAGCAACGGAUAAUAUGCACGAAGGUCGCAUGUACCUCUCGACAACUGUGAUUUUGAACGCUAACAUAAAUCGAUCUCCUAGUUCAUAUCUCCGCAAUCCUGAAGACGAGCGUGCACAAUAUGAACACGACGUUGAUAAGACCUUGACGCAGUUGCGCUUUAUUGAUAUGGAAGAAAACCUUCUGGGUGUGUUCAAUUGGUUUGCGGUUCAUGCUACAUCGAUGAACAAUACAAAUCAUUUGGUUUCGAGUGAUAACGUCGGUUAUGCGUCUAUUUUACUAGAAAAGGAGUACAAUACAAAUAAAGUACCUGGAAAGGGAAAAUUUGUUGGAGCGUUCUGUUCUUCUAACUUGGGUGAUGUAUCACCGAACAUUAUGGGACCCAAAUGCUCGAUUAGUGGCAAUGACUGUGAUUUGUUGUCCUCUAAGUGCGGUCCAAAAGAAGGUGAUUGCUAUUCCACAGGACCCGGUCGGGAUAUGUUUGAAAGUACCGAAAUUAUCGCCAACCGCUUGUAUGAAGGUGCUUUGCGACUCCUACACGAUAAUGGAGGUCGUGAAGUCACCGGUGAUGUAGCCUUUAUCCAUCAAUUUCUUGACAUGACAAAAUACAAUGGUUCAGCCUACAACCCUCUGACAAGGAAAUUAGACAAAGUUCGAGGAUGUCAGCCUGCAAUGGGCUACAGUUUUGCAGCAGGUACCACAGAUGGCCCAGGAGCUUUCAAUUUCGAACAGGGUACCAUAACCGAAAAUGCUAUGUGGAAUGCUGUCCGUGAUUUUAUUGUUCCUCCAACGGAUAUUGAUAUUGCAUGUCAUGCACCAAAACCUAUCUUGUUAGCUACAGGAAGGGCGACUUUCCCCUAUGAAUGGCAACCAAAAAUAGUAUCGACACAAAUUUUGAAAAUCGGAGAUGUUAUUAUUGCCGCUGUUCCUGGAGAAUUCACAACCAUGGCAGGUAGACGUCUUCGGAACAAAGUUCGAGCCGUGGCUGCUGCAGCUGGAGGAUCAGAAAAUGACAUUAUUCUUGCCGGAUUAUCAAAUAUGUACACAAGUUAUAUUGUGACCCCAGAGGAAUAUCAAGCACAGCGAUAUGAAGCAGCAUCAACUAUCUUUGGCCCUCACACGCAUACAAUAUACAUGGAUCAAUAUGAGAAAUUGACGAAAUCUCUCAUCAAGGGUGAAAUGGUUAGCCCUGGACCGGAACCUCCAUACAUGAAUGACCGAAUGUUGUCACUGAAUACCGGCGUCAUUUUUGAUGGACACCCAAUUGGAAAAGACUUUGGAACAGUUAAGACCGAACCAGAAGCAACGUAUAGAAUAAAUGACACCGUUAAAGUGACUUUCAUAGCCGGAAAUCCCAGGAAUAAUAUAUUCCAUGAAAAGACAUACUUCGUAGUAGAAAGAAAAGUGAACGAAGAACGUUGGAAGGUAGCACUCACCGACGCCAACUGGGAGACAAGAUUUGUUUGGGAAAGGAUCUCUUCGAUAUUGGGCUUUAGUGAUUUCCAUAUCUAUUGGAAAAUUGGUCCAAAUACAUUGCCUGGAGAAUAUAGAAUUCGACACUUUGGCAAUUACAAGUACAUCCUUGGAGGUAUAUUCCCAUACGAAGGAGUUAGCCGCAGUUUUACUGUGCCAGAUGAAUAAACAUUUAUCUUUAUGCUACCCAAGAGACUGAUAAGUGGAAAUCCAGACCACUUGUAUUAAGCGAGCAGCGGGGCCAAAUUUAGAGUAGAAACAAAACAAAAACUACAACGCCGACAAUUUCAUUCCUUAGAGAGAAGAUUGAAGAAGCUUUAAUGUAAUUUUAGUGAAAUACUUGCUUAUUUAAAAAAAAUA